AUGAGGGUGUCGCACGCCAUCUGGGCAGUGCUUCUCGGAAGCCGGACCGUCGCCUCGUCCGCCUCGGCUGAUCAAACACCGAAAGACGUCGUUCGCGGUGCAUAUAUUGUGGAGCUCGAUAGUGACGCCGACGGCCCCGACUCGUUGUACCAGGCCUUGGCCAGCGAUGAUAGAAUUGCUGUCGACCAUCUCCGCGAUCUCCGGUCCAGCAUCUUCAACGCCGCAUCUUUCCAGGUUCGUGACGCUGCAACAGACGACGGCCACGAUGCAGAGCGUUUCAUGGAGAAGGUCAGGGCGAAGCGCAAUGUGAGGAAUGUGUGGCCAGUGCGAACAGUCUAUAUCAACAAAGAGGUUUCCAAGCCUUCACAGAUAUACAGCCCUGUCAGCCGUCGCCACGAGUCUCGAGAUGUGGGUGAAAUUAGCAACACCACGACUUUCGCCCCACAUAUUCAAACCCAGAUCGACAAGCUACGUGCCGAGGGAUACACAGGCAACGGUGUACGCGUCGCUGUCGUCGACAGCGGUGUUGACUAUACCCAUCCAGCUCUGGGUGGCUGUUUUGGUCCGGGUUGUUUAGUAGAGGGUGGAUAUGAUUUCUCCGGCGACGACUUGAACCCGGAGACCGGCAUUCCCGCCUCACCCGAUGAUGACCCUUACGAUUAUUGCAUGGGCCAUGGCACCCACGUAGCCGGAAUAGUGGCUGCGCAGGCCAAAGACAAUGAGCUCGGUUUCUCUGGCGGUGCUCCUGGUGUCAAACUACUGGCGUACCGAGUUUGGGGCUGCGGCGGAGGCAGUACCAACGAGUUGAUGAUUGCAGGGUUCAACAGGGCUUUCGAAGAUGGAGCUGAUAUUAUUACUUGCUCCAACGGCUAUCAGUCAGGCUGGGCACAAGAAGCGAUCUCCGUUGCAGUCGCACGCAUCGUCGAGGCAGGCGUGCCCGUUCUCGUCUCCGAAGGAAACGACGGCAACUCGGGUCUCUUCAAUGCUCUGACUCCUGCUGUUGGUGCCGGUGUCGGUGGAACGGGAGCCGUGCAGAAUCAGGUGCAGCCUAUUUUCGAGACAGCCGCGUCCUUCACUGUUGGAGAUGCUUCCACGAACGCGACUGAGUCCCAGGAAUUCGGCUUCGUGGCUGGGGAGCCUUUGUUUACAGAAGACAACCUGUCUCUCGCUCUCCACAACCUCGGUACCGACGCCUGCGACCCUCUGCCCGACGACACACCGGACCUGUCUGGAAAAUUGAUCUUGCUUGAGGUUCCGGACUCUAGAGUUACUAGAUGCUAUCCAAUUGACCAGGCCACGAAUAUUCUAGCUAAAGGUGGCCGAUACGUCCUGUACUAUGCCCGGGAUAAUACGACUGUCGAUGAACAAUUUCUCUAUGUAGAUGGGAUACGAGGCGUUGGCACUGUCCCUCCUUAUAGGGGCUCUGCUUGGAAUGAUCUGCUGGCUCAAGGCACCAAGAUCACAGUAUCACUGCCAAAUCUCAACACCACCAGCGCUGUCAACAUGACCACGUCAUCAUCGUUCUACUACGAAGAGGUAGAAAGCAAUGUCAAUGGCGGCAGGAUUAGCGAUUUCACUUCUUGGGGUCCAUCUUGGGAACUAUCACUGUCGCCUCAAUGGCUCGCGCCAGGUGGGCAAAUUCCAGGUUUGUAUCCUGUUGUCAUGGGCGCAUAUAAGAUCAUGUCGGGCACUUCUAUGGCCGCUCCUCAUGUGGCCUCCAUCUACGCUCUGAUCAAAGAGGCAAGGGGUUCCAGCGACCCGAAGACAAUUCGCAGUCUUCUGUCGUCUACAGCUAAGCCCCAAGCUCCGCUUGGAAGCGCCAACAACACCGGCGGACUCGUUGCUUCUGUUGCGCAGCAGGGCGCAGGUCUGGUACAGGCGUAUGAUGCGGCACACUCCACUAUAAUCCUCGACAUAGACGGUAUUGCACUCAACGACACAGACAACUUUGUCGGAACCCACACGUUUAGCAUCAAGAAUACCGGGGCCAGCGACGUGACUUUCGAUGUGGGACACGCGAAGGCAGUUACCAUGUACACCUUCCAAGAGGGUUCGAAUGGAGCCUUACUCGCCUCUAACCGAGAGGCAGAUGCAUGGGCCGAAUUGGCUUUUAGCACUGACAAGGUCGUUGUCCCAGCUGGGGGCUCAUCUAACGUCACCGUUACGGUUACUCCGCCAGAAGGACUCAAUGACACCCUUGUGCCCAUCUACAGCGGCUACGUGACCCUCAAGUCGGACGAUCAGUCACUUGUACUACCUUAUCUUGGAAUGGUGGGCAGCCUAGUCUCUACACCAGUUCUCGAUGCAAGAAACGUCUAUCUUGCGAAUUAUAAUACUCCUGCCGAGAGCAACAAGACUUACACAAUCCCGCGGCCUGAUCCCUCAGCCUUCAUCAACACUAAUCGCGGAGACCAAGCAACAACGCCCAAUGUUGCUAUUCACCCGACUGUGGGCACAGCGCAGCUGCGGAUCGACAUUUUAGGUCUCACUUCUGGAGGAAACAGCACCGGAUUGCCGACAACGCCGUUCUUUGACCGGUUUGAAAGUAUUGGAACCCUGCCGGGCUACCCCGUCCCCUACACAUCAAACGAGAAUCGUGCUGCAUUCUUCAAGGGUCUGAUGGCAGAUGGGACGGUCCUGCCCGAGGGGACGUAUCAGCUUGCCAUUUCUGGCUUGAGAGUGUUUGGCAAUGCGUCCAGUGCGGAUGAUUGGGACACCGUGCAGACGGUUCCUUUCAAUCUGAAAUAUUCUGUUCAGUAG